ACGAGUAUCUCCCAAUAUUUCUCUAUGAUAUAAUCUCGUUAAACGAUACUUGAAAGUUCUCAAUUAAGUUAAUUUGCUCUAUCAUAUCCAUCUUACGACGCCCCCCUUAUCUCUUUAAGAAUGGGAACAACUGGUGAAACGAAAUAUGGGUCGUACACAUAUGAGAACCUUGAGAGGGAACCAUACUGGCCAUCCGAAAAGCUUAGGAUUUCCAUUACAGGAGCUGGUGGAUUCAUUGCCUCACACAUUGCUAGGCGUUUGAAAACCGAGGGCCAUUACAUCAUUGCUUCUGACUGGAAAAAAAAUGAGCACAUGCCAGAAGAUAUGUUUUGUCAUGAGUUCCAUCUUGUUGAUCUUAGAGUAAUGGAUAAUUGUUUGAAAGUUACAGAGAAAGUUGAUCAUGUCUUUAACUUGGCUGCUGAUAUGGGUGGUAUGGGGUUCAUUCAAUCAAAUCACUCUGUUAUUAUGUAUAAUAACACGAUGAUAAGCUUUAACAUGCUCGAGGCUGCCAGGAUCACUGGAGUUAAGAGGUUCUUCUACGCCUCUAGUGCUUGCAUUUACCCUGAGUUUAAACAGUUGGAAACCAAUGUGAGCUUGAAAGAAGCGGAUGCUUGGCCUGCCGAGCCUCAAGAUGCUUAUGGUUUGGAGAAACUAGCAACUGAGGAGUUGUGCAAGCACUACACCAAAGACUUCGGAAUAGAGUGCAGAGUUGGACGUUUUCAUAACAUUUAUGGGCCUUUUGGCACAUGGAAAGGUGGAAGGGAGAAAGCACCUGCUGCUUUCUGCAGAAAAGCACUUACAGCCACCGAUAAGUUUGAAAUGUGGGGAGAUGGGCUACAGACACGAUCAUUCACCUUCAUUGAUGAAUGUGUCGAGGGUGUCUUAAGAUUGACAAAAUCUGAUUUCCGUGAACCGGUGAAUAUUGGAAGUGAUGAAAUGGUAAGUAUGAAUGAAAUGGCUGAAAUUGUUCUUAGCUUUGAGGACAAGAAGCUUCCGAUUCACCACAUUCCCGGCCCUGAAGGUGUACGUGGUAGAAAUUCAGACAACACUUUGAUCAAAGAGAAGCUAGGAUGGGCCCCUACCAUGAGAUUAAAGGAUGGAUUAAGAAUCACAUAUUUCUGGAUCAAGGAACAAAUUGAGAAAGAAAGGGGUGCAGGUUUUGAUCUUUCAGUUUACGGGUCGUCUAAGGUGGUUGGGACCCAAGCACCAGUUCAACUAGGAUCCCUCAGGGCGGCUGAUGGCAAAGAGUAAGGUUCUCUUCUGUUUUCCGAUGUCCUAUGUUUAAGAUUACGUGUUUUGUUGAUGCAACCAUAUUUAUUCUGUUGUGUAAUAUUUUUAGUCAUUUCAGAGCUCUGCUACAUUUGCCUCAUCUCUUACUGUUGAUCAAUCGGUUAUAUAAUUGUGUUUUUGAUUCUA